AUGCAUAGUCAAUAUAAAACCGAUCUAAGUUAUCACGAUGAUGACCAUUUAUCAUUUGCAACCAUCAGUGUACGCCGUUUGUUGGAGUUUGUUUGCGCCUGUCGCCUUCCUGACGUGAAACAUUAUGAUGUCUCUCGUGAGGAAACAAUUAAAAGGAUUUGUGAAAUUAUAUGCGAUGCGUUUGAACUGAAUUCAUUUUAUAAUCGUCGAAUUUUCAAAGUUAUAAGUGGAGGUGAACAGAAACGCAUCAAUAUCGCAGAAACGAUGUGUGCACGACCGUUAUUUCAAUGCUGGGACAAUACUCUGCGUGAAUUCGAUUCGGUGACUGCUGCGCACAUUCUUUCAAGAAUUAAAAUUAUCUCCCAUGUCUUUGGAAUGACCUUGACUGCGGUUUCCAAUCAGUUGUCCGAUAAAAUCCUUCGAAUGUUUGAUAUGGUAACUGUUUUAUAUGAAGGUGAACAAAUCUUUUACGGUCCCUCUUCCCGCGUGAAAGACUACUUUUUAGGUCUUGGUUUCAUUCCGCAAAGUCACAGUACUAUUGGUGAAUUUGUCACUUCAUUGUUCUAUCCAGAGCUUCGAGUUGUUAAUAAAAAUCACAAAGGCUUUAUACCAUCUAACCCUGCUGAAUUCCGUCAAUGCUGGCUUCAAAGCAAGGAUUAUGCGCAUCUAAUAUCAGCAAUCGAUCAGUAUACGGAACACCAUAGUGAUGUUUCGGCUUUUCACACAAAGGAUUCUUCCAAUACGCCUAUUGUCAAGUGGAAGCGCUUCUUCAAUCGAAUCCCCUCUGUCGUUCCUUACAGACUACAAGUAUGGGCUUUUGCUAAAGUGACAUACUUCCAUUAUCUCCACGAUUAUUCUUUUCACUUAACUUUUAUUUUUUCUUAUAUAUUUCAAGGGUUUAUGCUUGGUUCUAUUUUUUAUCAAAUUCAAGAUUCAUCCGGAACGCUUUAUUCUCGAGCUAGCGUUCUCUCAGCUGCAAUUAUAUUUACCGCUAUUCAAACAAUGUCUGAGGUAGACAUUAUAUUUAUGAAAAAAUCUUUGUUUGCCAAACAUCAAAUCCAAUGCUUAUAUCAACCAUCGGCAACUUUAUUUGGCUCGACCAUAGUGGAAUUCCCUCUUCGCUUGAUAUUUGUUGGGAUGUUUGAUAUAAUUGUUUACUUCUUAGUUGGUUUUCGAGUCAAUGCUGGUGCUUUCUUUACCUUUUUUCUGUUUACCAUUCUAAUUACUUAUUGUAUGGCAUCAAUUUUUCGAUUCGUCGCUUUACUCUCCCAAAGUGCAGAAAUCGCAGCUUUUAUAGGUGGCCUUGCCGCUAUCUAUUUUAUUUCAUUUUGCGGUUCUGUAAUGCCAAUUUCUUAUAUUGGAUGGUGGUUCCGAUGGCUUAGUUAUGCGAAUCCUAUUCAGUAUGGGUAUGAAUCUGUCAUGUUGAAUGAGUUCAAAAACAGAGUAUUCAAUUGUUCGGCGAUAAUACCAAAUUUACGUUUCUCUCUUCUGAACAAUAUAUGCCCUUCUCCGUCUAGUGUAGCUGGAAUUCCUCAUAUCAUAGGCAUCACUUACUUGAAUACCGUUUUUCAAUAUAAAAGCUCCUUUUUAUGGAGGAAUUGUGGUAUAAUUCUUGGGUUUUCGCUUUUUAUUUUGCUGCUGUCUCUUUUGAUAGCCAAUUUUAUUGUAUAUGAUAAGACGCCUUUUGCCAUUCCUGAGUUUCAGAUGAGAAAAUUAUACACAACUAUUCAAAGUUCAUGGGCGAAUAAUACUAAUGAAGAAUUAUUGAAACAGAAUAAAGAACAAAAAAUCCAUAGGUCAAUGGACGUCUCCACGUCUUUAAAAACGACGGACGAAUUGUCGCUAUGCUGGAAGAACCUAUCCUUUUUCAUUUUAGAAGGAGGAGUACAGAAAACUGUAUUGAAAAAUCUCAAUGGUUUCAUUAAGCCUGGACAAUUAAUGGCAUUGAUUGGUGAAAAUAAGUCAGGUAAAUCUGUAUUUCUUAAAACACUGUCGCAACGUGGUGUAUCGGGAAUUGUUGAAGGAGAAGUGACUUUAAAUGGGAUAAAAAAUCCAAAAUAUUUACGGAAAAGGAUUGGCUACGUGCCGAACCAUUUAAUGUUUAUUCCUCAGUAUACUGUACGAGAAACCCUUCGACUACAUGCUUCGCUUCGUCAAAGUGGUGGGGUAUCCAUGUCCGAGCGCUAUGAGUAUGUAGACAAGGUUAUUGAUUUUUUGGGUCUAUAUGAUGUUGCUAAAUUCAUUGUUGGCGACAUAGGUGGAGGCUUAUCCUUAUAUCACAAAAGGCUGACAGUAAUCGGAAUUGAGUUAGUUGCAAGGCCGGGAUCUGCUCUUCUUCUGGAUGAACCCGUGUCAGGACUUGAUAGUCAAUCCGCUUGGAUGCUUAUGGCUACGCUUCGAAAACUAGCAAAUGCAGGCCUGUCGAUUAUGUGUUCGACUUCACAACCUAGCUCGCGACUUCUUAAUUUAUUUCAUUCAAUAAUGGUUCUUGAUGGCUACGGUCGGACCGCUUACCUUGGUGACAUAGGCAAUUAUGCUCAAACAGUGACAAAGUAUUUCAAGAAACUUCAUGGAAAUGACGAAAAUAGUGACAAAGAUCCUGCUGACUAUGCAAUAAGAUGUCUAUAUUACAGAAACGAAGGGGAAGAAAUAGAUUAUGGAGCUGCUUGGGAAUCGACGGACGCACAUAAGCACCUUAUCUCAGAACUCGACCAUUUAAGGAGCAGCACAAUAAGUGAUGAAGAGGUACGUUCUGAAGAGGAGUUUUUGAGUAGCGCGUCCUACCAAACAUUCAAGAUUAUGAAGCGGAAUUUCACUCUUUAUUGGAGGGACCCUACACUUCUGAUUAGUCGGUUAUUGUUCAAUAUUUUGGCUGGGUUACUUAUUGGAUUUGCGUUCUAUAAACAAGGAAAUGGAGUGCAGAGAACACAGAACAAAAUGUUUUCUGCCUAUAUGUUAACGAUUGCUUCUACUUCUUUUGUUAACGGGCUGAUACCAAAAUUUAUUUAUUUACGUGAUGUUUACGAGUACCAGGAAGAAAACUCUGCAACUUAUAGCCGCCCUGCUUUUAUUUUUGCUUUUUUCAUCACGGAAGCUGUCAUAAAUUGUAGUUUUGGAACACUGUUUUUCUUAUGCUGGUACUACCCAAGCGGUUAUUAUUUGAGUGGUCACAAUACGCCUUUUUACGGUGGUUACGCUUGGUUGAUCAUGAUGGCUUUUGCUCUGUACUAUACGACGUUUGGUAUUGGCAUUGCCACCAUUUCUCCAAGUGUUGGUACUGCGUCCCUACUGAGCGGUACUGCUUUCGUGUUUGUACAGUAUUUUAAUGGCAUGGUUCAAUUACCUAGUCAGCUUAUAGGCUUUUGGAAAUGGAUGAACGCCCUUAGUCCAUAUAAAUACUUCCUUGAAGGGAUGACUGGAAACAACUUGCAUAAUGUACCAAUUGUCUGUGAACGUGGUGAAUUAUACAUGGUUGACCCCCCUUCAGGAUUUACCUGUGGACAAUAUUUUAUGGAUUAUAUAAAUUCAUCCGGUGCUGGCGCUGUUUAUAACCCGGAAGCUAUCACAAGCUGUGAGUUUUGUCCAUACACAGUCGCAGAUGAGGUUCUAGCCAAUUUUGGGUAUAGUUAUCAUCAUCGAUGGAGAAACUUUGGUAUCCUUAUAGGAUAUGCUGCCUUUAAUCUUGGCUUUGCGAUCCUUAUAUAUGAGAUUAUUCGAAGAUUACCCAUUCAUAUACUCCUUAGUACAAUCCUUCGGAAACGAGUCGCUCGUACUCGGAAGAAAAGCAAACAGUUAGAAAAGAAAGAAAGCUGA